CAAAAGGAAAUCAAAACUAUGUCCGAUACUACUGAUAAUAAUGAAAAUAGAAAUAUAGAAAAUUCUGAUAAAAAUAAUUUACAUUCUAUAUGUCCAUUAUGUUAUAUUUUGAUACAAGAGAUUAGAAAAUGUUAUGAACAUAUCAGUGAAUCAUUACCAUUGGAUCAUUUUAAUUUAAAUAAAAAUAAAACAAUGAAUAAUGUCAUUGAUUUAAUUCAAGUGAACAAACAGAAUUCAAAAAGAUCACCAUCAUCGUCACCGUCGUCAUCAUCACCAACAUCGCCAACAUCACCGUCAACAUCAUUAAAACAUGAUCAUAUAUCUGUUAUAAUAUUAGAUGAAUUAAAACGUUUUUGUGAAAAUACAACAAUACGUGGUCUACCACGUAUAGUUCGUGCACAUAAUCGUUAUUUACGUUUAUUAUGGUUAAUAUUAGUAUUUAUAUUAAUAUUAGGUUGUUUUAUAUGUAUGCUAUUUUUAACUAGACAAUAUUUAGAAUAUAAUGUAAUACAUCCACCACGUGUAUUACGUCAUACAAUUAGUCCAUUUCCAUCAGUAACUGUAUGUAAUUUUCGUCCAAUUUCACCAGAUGGAUUAAAAUAUUUACAAAUGAAAGGUUGGAAAACACCAAGACAUUUUGUAUUAGAUUUAGCUACAUAUGCUCAAUAUAUUUUUUAUAAUAAACAUAAAAUUGAUGAAUAUAAUGCAGCUAGUGCAGCAUUUUCAUUAGCUGGAUUUUUAGAAAGUUUACCAAAUAAUGAAGAAAGAAGAAAACUUGGUUAUCAACAUGAUAAAUUAAUAAUUAAAUGUCAAAUAACCUAUUUAAAUGGAAGUAAACCAGUAGCCGCACCAUGUGAACGUAAUGGUAUAUGGCGUAAAUUUAUUCAUGCACAAUAUUUAAAUUGUGCUACAUUUGAACCAUUUAGUUAUUUACGUUCCGAUACAACAAAUAUAGAAAUGUAUAUUUAUUUAGAUGAGAUGUUAAAUCGUGCACAAUGUAUUGAUUGUUUUCAUGGUGAAGUCAAAUCCCAAUUAUCUGGUGCAUUAAUCACAAUACAUGGUGCUGAUACAUUACCAAAUAUUAAUGAUAAAAGUAUUAAUUUAAAACCGGGUACAUUAACUGAAUUACGUUUAUCUAUUAUAGAGAAUAUACAAAAAAUGCCACCUUAUGGUAGAUGUUCUAUCAAUCAUCCAAUACAAUUAAAUUUAUAUGACAUGUUAUAUAAUUAUUCAGAAUAUGCAUGUCGUGAAUUAACUAUACAAAAUGAUAUAAUACAUUAUUGUAAUUGUUAUUCCAUUGAAUAUCCAUAUAAUGAAGAUACUAAUUAUAAACCAUGUACUAAUUUAUUACAAUUUAUCAAUAUAUCAAAUUGUAAUCGUAAUGAUUUAUUGAAAAUCAAUAAUGAUAACGCUACUAAUAAUAGUAAUACUAAUAGUAAUAUAAGUAGUAUAUGUAUUAAUGAAUUAAAUAAAUUUAUAACAAGAAUGAUGUGUAAACGUACAAUUAUAGAGAAUUAUUUACAUGGUGAAUUACCUAAUUGUAAAAUACCAUGUUCAUUUUAUUCUUAUGAAACUGAACAAUCAAUAUCAACAUGGCCAACUAAAAGUUGGCAAUUAACAUGGUUAAAUUCAUCAUAUAAUAAAAAAUUAGGUUUAUUUAAUAAUACAGAAUUUAUAUUAUAUCAUAAAGCAAUUGAAUUAUUAGAUUUAGGUAAUGAAUUAGACGCCAUUAAUAUAUUAGAUAAAUUAAAUGUGCUAGAACGUAAAUUAUUAGCGAUAUUAAUUAAUCGACCUAAUUUUGAUGUACGUAAAGUUGAAGAAAAAGAAGUGAUCUCAUUGACAAAUUUAUUAUCACAAACUGGUGGUUUAUUUUCUAUAUGGAUUGGUUUAUCUAUUAUAUCAUUAGGUGAAUUAGUUGAAAUGUUUAUACGAUGUUAUAUAAGAAUAAAACAUACUACGACUCUUACUACCACUAAUAAUAAUAAUAAUAAUAAUAAUAAUAAUAAUAAUAGUAAUAAUAAUGGUAGUAAUAAUACAUUACAUCAUCAUCACCAUCAUCAUGAUCAUCAUCAAAAUUAUGUAAUUCAUCAAGAACAAUGUCUAUGUAAGUGUAACCAUCUAUUAUGUAAUAUAUUAUUAAAUCAUUUACAUAAUAAUAAUGAUAAUAAUAAUAAUAAUACAAAUGAAAUAAUCAAUACAAUUAAUAAAAUGAUAAUCACUAAUAAUUCAUUAUUAUCACUGAAAUCAAAUGAUAAUAAUCAAGAAAAAAUCAAUAUAAAUGAACAAUUAAAUAUUGAAUAAAUUCAAUUUUGAUCAUCUAUUGAUUACACACACACACACACGCAUACACACACACACAAAUAUACAUAUAUAUAUACAUUCAAUUGGUAUUCUUAAUGAGAUUAUCAUUGAUAAACGAUCAUUGAAUGAUAUUAAAGUGAUUUUGUAAAGAUCUAUCUUAGAACUAAUAAGAUCAAAGAUAUGAAGAAUUACAAUCAUGAUUUAUAAUUAAUAAUUAAGAUUAUAAAUUUGAUUUAAUAUUUUCAUUAUGAAUUCAUAUUAUUGAUAAUGGUAAAAUGAGAGUUAAUCAAAUGGAUUGAAUUAUGCGCUAAAAUUCAAGGUCUAUAUAUCUUGUAUCUGAUUGGUUCGUUCAUAAACUAUAGUUACGCCGUAUUUUCAAUAAUAUUAAUAAUAAUAAUAAUAAUA